AUGAUAUCACGAUUCCGGUUUCGUAAUGAUCUGGCCAUUCGCCUCGGCACAGCUGUAAAGCACUUCUCUACUUCACCGUAUGAAAAUACGAUACAGAACCUGAAACUGGAUGCCCAGACUAGAGUUAUCUAUCAAGGCUUCACCGGGAAAGUGGCAACAAAGAACGCUCAAGAUACAAUAGAGUAUGGAACCAAUGUCGUAGGGGGUGUUUCUCCCGGUAAAGGAGGCCAAGAACACCUCGGCCUUCCAGUCUUCAACACUGUUCGAGAGGCCAUGGAUGAAGUCAACCCCUCUGUCAGUGCUGUAUUUGUACCUGCUCAUUCUACUGCCCUAGCCAUCAUAGAAGCUAUCGAGGCCGAAAUCCCUCUGGUAGUCUCCGUGGCUGAACAUGUGCCUGUCCACGACAUGUUACUCGUUCACGAGGUUCUAAGGUCCCAAUCUAAAACUAGACUUGUUGGUCCAAAUUGCCCCGGAAUUAUUGCUCCAAAUCAAUGUAGAGUGGGGAUCAUGCCUCACAUGCAAUUUCUUCGGGGGUGUGUUGGUAUUGUGUCCAAGUCAGGCACUUUGAGCUACGAAGCAGUGGGAUCGACCACGCGUGCCGGCCUAGGUCAAAGCAUUUCUGUUGGGAUGGGAGGCGAUAUGCUACCAGGCACUACGUUGGCCGACGGACUGAGACUUUUCUUCGAUCAUGAAGAAACCAAGGGAAUUAUUGUCAUAGGAGAGAUUGGGGGCUCGGCGGAACUCGAAGCUGCGGCACUCAUCAGAGAAUAUCGCCGUGCAACUCCCAACCCAAAGCCCAUUGUAGCUCUGGUAAGCGGACGAACAGCACCGUUAGGGAGGAUCAUGGGCCAUGCAGGCGCAGUAUACUCAAGUGGCGAUCCUACUGCCGAGGAGAAAGCCAAAGCUUUGGAAGAUGCGGGAGCUGUACUUGUUCCUCAUCCAGGGGUCAUGGGAGAGAAGAUGAAAGAGCUUCUCGGCCUCUAA